AUGAACUUAGAACGGUUACAAGAAAUAAAAUCAGGACUACGUGUAAAAUGCUUAAUGCCAAGGUCACAGGAAAGAGAACUUUGUGAGGAUUGUGAGGAAGAAGAAGAAGAAUUAUGUACAAUAAAGGGUAAAGGAAAGCAAAAAAUGACAUAUGCUGAAGCAGUAAAAGGACAGAUGCAAAAACAAGACGAAACAAUCGAAAGAAUCGAAAGAAUAUUGAAAAAAAUGGACCAAGACGUAACAUGGAAAGAACAAAACAUAGCAGAAGGAUCAGGAAAACAUAUAUCAUGGGUCGGUGAAGUAGAAAAAGAAUUAACCAAAGAAGAUCCAGAGAAAUUAAUUGAAUCAGCAAAAAGAAAAACUGAGGAAGCAAUAACAGAAAUAAAUAGCAAAAAAAAAUUGAAAGGAGCAAGUGACUCUUUCGCAUCAGAAGAAUUGAUAGAAAGGAUUGGAAUACCCGUAAUACUGGGAAAAGAAAAACUCUCGGUCGGAGGAGAAAAAAAAGAAAUGACAAUAAGAGGAGAAGCGGAAAUUGAAGGAGAAAUGCAAGGAUAUAUCUACAGAGAAAAAGUAUUAAUCGAAACAGAAUUACAAUUUGAAAUAAUAAUAGGCAUACGAAAAAUGAAAGAAGAAAAAUGGGAAAUAAAAUUCGGACAAACAGGAACAACUAUAAGAAUAAAAAAUGGAGAAAACGAAAUUGAAGUAAAUAAUACAGAAAAAAGAGUGAAAAAAAUCGGAAUAAACCGAAAUUGGGAAAACAAUAAAGAGGUCGGACAAAAUAUUGAAAAAUAUUCUUAG